UCAUAACUUAUCGACUCUCCUCUCUUCCCUUCCCAAAUCUCUCUUUUUGAUCCCCCCCUCUCUCUCCCUGUGUUCAUUUAUCAUCCGAAAACAGAACACCGAAACAAAAAAUGGUGGUCUUGUCCAAACCAAACACCGAGAAAUACUCCUACGUACGAAACUCCAAACCAGCGCCCAUAUUCCUGUCUAACAUCCCUCUCGUAGACCUAUCCAAACCCGACGCCAAAUCCCUCAUAGUCAAAGCAUGCGAGGACUUUGGGUUCUUCAAGGUUGUCAAUCAUGGCGUCCCCAUGGAUGCCAUAUCCAGAUUGGAGUAUGAAGCUGCCAAUUUCUUCUCUCUUCCCCUCCAUGAGAAACACAAAGCAGGCCCUGCCAAUCCCUUUGGCUAUGGUAACAAACACAUCGGUCGAAACGGUGACAUCGGUUGGGUCGAAUACCUUCUUCUCAACACCAAUCAGGAUUUCAAUUCCCUCAAACUGUCCUCUGUUUCCGAGAACAACCCAGAAAAAUUCAGGUCUGCAUUGAAUGAAUAUAUCACAGCCGUGAGGAAGAUGGCGCGUGAGAUUCUGGAUUUGAUGGCUGAAGGUUUAAAUAUCCAGCCAAAGAAUGUGUUUAGCAGAUUGGUGACGGAUAAACAGAGUGACUCUGUUUUCAGGCUCAACCAUUACCCAGCUUGUCCUGAGCUAGCCAUGAAUGGUGUUAAAGAAGAUCCAACCGAGAACAAGAUUGGAUUUGGAGAACACACAGACCCCCAAAUCAUCGCUCUUCUGAGAUCCAACAACACUUCCGGCCUCCAAAUUUCUCUUCGAGAUGGCACUUGGGUCUCUGUUCCUCCUGAUCAAUCCUCUUUCUUCGUCAAUGUCGGUGAUUCUCUCCAGGUUAUGACGAACGGGCGGUUCAAGAGUGUAAAGCACAGAGUUUUAGCGAACCAAUUCAAAUCCAGGCUUUCCAUGAUCUACUUCGCCGGUCCACCAUUGAACCAGAAGAUAGCUCCAUUGCCCUCUCUAAUACUGACAGGCAAAGAAAGCUUGUACAAAGAGUUUACGUGGUUCGAGUAUAAGACCUCGGCUUAUGGGACAAGACUGGCUGAUAAUAGACUUUGCCACUUUGAGAGGAUCGCAGCCUCAUAACAACCAAAAGAAGAAUCAAACAACUAGCUGGGGAGCACUUGUCAAUAUAAUAUAAUAUUAUAUAUAUAUAUAUAUAUAAAUGUAGUGGGGUUUUUUGUUUUUGUUUUUUUUUAAUGUUUUUGUUUCUGGAACUUCAAAGUUCACUUAUGGGGUAGUCAAAAUGAGUCAGAUACUUUUUGGGUUCAUACUCCUCUCAGUCAUCUUUUGCAGUCAAUGACACCUCUGCUUUUCAAGUAGUCAGAAGCAAAAAAAGUGUCCCAAAAAAAAAAUCUUUUCUUAUGUAAUGCACUAAUGUUAGUGUGAUUUAAUAGCAUUUGUCUCUUUUAUUGCCA